CAUAGUGCGGAGGGCGCGAUACAUAUUUUGAGUGGUUGUAACACGUAUCAUUGAGGAUCGGGUUGCGUUGCAGGUUGCAGGACUUGGUGCUAAUUUUCAAUAACAUAAGCAGCCGAGGAUGCCAUCAACUCCAAUUGAUGACCAGGACAAGGUCCUGGAUGAGGCCAAGUCCAACACCAAGCUGCAGGCCAUGCAGAUGAAGCGAGCCCUGGACCAGGGCAAACUCAUGGAUGGCCUCAAGUUUGCCUCUGCACUGCUAGGAGAGCUUAGAACUGCCAGGCUGUCACCAAAAAGCUACUAUGAGCUGUAUAUGGUGAUCUGCGAUGAGCUGAGGAACCUGGAGGUGUGCCUGGUGGACGAGUUCCAGAAGGGCCGCAAGCCCACCGACUUGUACGAGCUGGUGCAGUAUGCAGGCAACAUCGUUCCCCGGCUGUUCCUGCUGAUCACGGUCGGCCGCGUCUUCACGAAGACAGUGCCGCAGGCGACGCGCGACAUCCUGCACGACCUGGUGGAGAUGUGCCGCGGCGUGCAGAACCCGCUGCGCGGUCUGUUCCUGCGCAACUACCUGCUGCAGUGCACCAAGGACAUCUUGCCUGACACGGAGCAGGAGGACGACGAGAAGACCGGCACGGUGCUGGACUCGAUCGACUUCAUCCUGCUCAACUUCGCCGAGAUGAACAAGCUGUGGGUGCGCAUGCAGCACCAGGGCCACACGCGCGACCGCGAGCGUCGCGAGCGCGAGCGGCAGGAGCUGCGCCUGCUGGUGGGCACCAAUCUGCUGCGGCUCAGCCAGCUGGAGGCCGUCAAUGUCGACAUCUACAAGAAGACGGUGCUGCCCGGCGUCUUGGAGCAGGUGGUCAGCUGCCGGGACCCGAUCUCGCAGGAGUACUUGAUGGAGUGCGUCAUCCAGGUGUUUCCGGACGAGUUCCACCUGGCCACGCUGUCGUCGCUGCUGAAGGCGUGCGCCGAGCUGCACCCGGGCGUCAACGUCAAGACCAUCAUCAUCUCGCUCAUCGACCGGCUGGCCAUGUUCGCCACCAGGGACGACGGCGCCGGCAUCCCCGAGAACGUCAAGCUCUUCGACAUCUUCUCGGAGCAGGUCGCCGAUGUUAUCCAGAACCGGGCCGGCAACCUGCCGCCGGAGGACAUGGCCGCCCUGCAGGUGUCGCUGCUCAACUUGGCGCACAAGUGCUACCACGACCGGCUCGACUACGUCGACAAGGUGUUCGAGCGCACCGCCGAGCUCAUGAACGGCAUCAUGGCCACCAGGGUGGCUGCCGACAGCGCGCUGGGCAAGGAGCUGCAGCGGCUGCUGCAGAUCCCGCUGGACAGCUACGACGACCUGACGGUGCUGCAGCUUAACUUCUUUACGCCUUGCCUGGAGCUGCUGGACUACGCCGCUCGCCGAGACGUCGCCAUGCACCUGAUCGAGCGCAUCAUCGAGGCCGAUAUACGGGUCCAGCAAGCGGCUCAGGUGGACAGCCUGCUGACCCUGAUCGGCGUGCUGGUGGCCGACCAGCCCGACUCCAGCUCGACUUCUCUCGACGACUUCAACGAGGAGCAGGAGCUGGUGGGACGCUUCAUCCACCAGAUGACGUCGGAGGAGCCGGACCAGCAGUACCUGAUCCUGACGUCGGCCCGACGCCACUUCGGCACGGGCGGCCGUCGCAUCAAGUUCACCCUGCCGCCGAUCCUCUUCAAGGCCUAUCAGCUGGCUUACAAGUACCAUAAGCUGGAGGAGAACGAGUAG